AUUUGUUCAGAAAAAAAUUUGUUUUCAUAAAGGCGUAUUUAUGUAUCUUGCAUUUGCUUUUCUAACAUCAAAUAUCCAUUAGGAAAGUUAAAAAAUUACAGUAUAGCAUUUCAACAAGUAAGCUUAAAAAAUUGCUAGUAUACAAUUUCAUUUAAUGCCACAUCAGCAUCUAUAUAGUGUAACCUUUUAAACAAGGCCGUAACGUUUGUUAUUAUUCCAUUAUUUAUUUGAGAGAGCCUCGUAAAAUAUCCACGUAAGUGAGUGCCCCCAGUUCGCUAGCAUGGGUGGACAUAAAUAAUUUUUGAAAACGCUGAUACAAAUAUCUGUGGUGAUGCAGAAGUGCGUUUCACGGACCAAUAGUUGAGCUUUAUCUCGUGGCUACAAAGAGUGCACAAAUGAGUUUCCACGGACGCAUCGACAGUUCGUACACUAAUCCAAGCCAUAACACAGCCACGCCAGUCCAUAAUAGCUCUUUUACAUAUCGUCAACUCGACAGUACUCCGCGCACCUCACAUCACACGGGUUCAUCUCAUUCACGAUCUGUCAUGUACACUCGCGAUUGGCGCUCAGCGUUGCGAACGCCUCCCACCUAUCGAAUUGGAAAUCGCACAUUACGCUUCAACUAUCACUUUGCUCUGCUUGUUGCCUGCGCAUUUAUAUUGUGCUUUCUAUUUGUUUACGUACGCACUGGGUCACAAUCCUCAUCAGAUGCGGCAUGGCUGAAAAGCUAUAGCAGCUCAACGCACAGUAGCUCUUUUAGCAGUUCGCCGAUCAAUGGAGAUGCUGCAGUCUACAGCGACAAAUACCCGCUAACGCCCCCGUUGGUAACACACGCCAGUGAGGUAACAUAUCGCAUUGCUAUGGUGGCUGAUUUAGAUACCAACUCAAAGGUUGUUAAGAAAGACGGCAGCUUGGUUUGGCGUAGCUUUUUGAAGAAAGGAUACUUGAUAUAUCGUAAAUCAAAGCCAGAAAUCACAAUUAAAUGGGACGAAGGUGAGCCUAUAAGUUUGGAAUCUAGUUUCUCUUUGAAAGGACGUGGCAUGGAACUAUCGGAGCUCGUAACCUUCAAUGGAAAACUACUUAGCUUUGAUGAUCGGACCGGUCUUAUAUACGAUCUUACCAAUGAAAAGCCAAUCCCGUGGAUUAUUCUACUCGAUGGUAAUGGACUCAACUCUAAGGGUUUCAAAGCAGAGUGGGCUACAGUGAAGGAUCAACAAUUAUACGUUGGCUCGAUGGGGAAAGAAUGGACGACAAGUGCUGGGGACUUCGAAAAUGAAAACCCAAUGUAUGUAAAGGUUAUAUCACAGACUGGUGAGGUGCGCUCCGUGGACUGGGCUUUCAAUUUUAAAUAUUUACGACAAGAAGCAAUGCAAAUCAGUUGGCCGGGCUAUAUGAUACACGAAAGUGGUACGUGGUCUUCCUACCACAAAAAAUGGUAUUUCCUGCCAAGACGUUGUUCACGAGAAAAGUACAAUGAAACGCGUGACGAACACAUGGGAUGUAACUUGCUUAUCUCAGCAGAUGAAAGAUUUACAAAAAUCCACACAGUUCCUUUAGACGCCUCGAAUUCGGCGCCUACUCAUGGAUUUUCUAGUUUUAAAUUCGUGCCAAACACUGAGGAUAAAAUCAUAGUUGCUCUUAAAACUGAGGAAUUGGACGGUAAGACAUCUACUUACAUUACAGCAUUCGAUGUUGAAGGGCACACAAUAUUCCCGGAGCAGCGGAUCGAAACGGAUUUAAAGUACGAAGGCUUCGAAUUUAUUUAGUGGCAAAGUUAAUAAAUCCAUUAGGCGUAGCUCAAAAGAUGCUUUUUAUUGAAAGCUCGUAAGUGUUUCGACAUAAAAUAAAAAGACUUGCCAUCAGUAAACACCCUAUAGUAUAUGCAUGUAUGAAUGUAUAAAGAAGUUAAAAUUACUUUUAUAGAGCAGAUUUGUUUUCCGGUGACGAAGUUCGCUAGAUUCAUACUUGUAAACAACUAGUGAUUAUGCAUGCGUACCUCUCAGAGGCUUGUUAAGAUUUCAUGAACUAACUAACUACAAGAACACAUUUACUGUCUUUCCUUUUCGGAUUUUCCAUACUAAUUUUAAAACUAUUCAGAGGUAUCGCCCAUUCUCCACGUACUCGAGUAAAAUAUUUUUUAUUAUCCUGCUUGUAAAUAUUAAAACUAAGCGCAUAAUUAUGAAGAAA